AUGCAGGGCAUUUUCCAGAGGUUCAACCUUUUUGGUUGGUUUAAUAACAAAAUCGCACAUAAUGAAGCCGUAACAAAGUCUGAAGAGAGAUAUCCCAUACCUCAGAAGUAUCUGGACAAUCCAGAUCUUAUACCAAAGUAUUAUGCGUUUCAAUCGAAUAUGGUCACUGAUGAUGACCUCCAACCUGGAAUGUUACGUCAGUUGGAGGUUGACAAGAGAUUAACUUUACCCACGAGGACACAUAUACGUUUCCUCAUUACUGCAACUGAUGUGAUUCAUUCAUGGGCUAUUCCAAGUCUUGGAAUUAAAGCGGAUGCUGUCCCUGGAAGGUUGCAUCGUGUAACUACUUUCAUAAUGAGGGAAGGAGUUUUCUACGGUCAGUGCUCUGAAAUGUGUGGCACUCUCCAUGGUUUUAUGCCUAUUGUUAUUGAAGCAGUUGCACCAGAGACAUAUGCAGCACACGCAAAAAAGUAUUAUAGAGAUGAUUAA